AUGGAGUUGCCAAAUAGUAAAUUAUCCGUGUUCAAUGUUUUUGAUAUUGAUGCUCCACCUACCCCCGAUAAUGUAUUCGAUGCAGGUGCAGGUGAGGCUUUUAAUCAAGCCGCGGUGGAAUCGUCUCUUGACGAUCCACCAACACACGAAAUUCAAUUCACGCGUACCGCUCCUUCAAACAAUGCUACAAGUGGUGUUGACAAAAAUGAAUACAUCAAAUUCGUUCAAAAACAAAUGAACGACAAAACUAUCACAGAUGUCAAGGAAAUUCAUCGUUAUCAGAGAUCAACAGAUCUCUUGAUACCACGAUCCAUUUUCCAACGCAUUGUACGCGUGAUGCUGUUUCGUUUCAACGUUUUUUCUAUGCAAGUUGGUGCUUUGGAAGCAUUACAACAAUCCACCGAAUCCUACAUCGUUGAACUGUUCUACGAUGCUGCCAUGAUUGCGUCUCAUGCCGGUCGAACUACAGUUUUGUUGGAGGAUUUACUUCCUGCCAAACGCUUGCGAAAUUGA